AUGUCGUGGCUGGAAAGAGGCGGCAUGUGUCACGGCGGCGGCUUCCUCUACCCCCAGCUCAACCCCGACGUCAACCACGCCGUCGCGGGGUUCCCCGACGACGGCGGCGCGGACGGUUUCCUCCGGUUUGCCGGUCCAGAAGACGGCGGGGUCGGUUGGCUACUGAAUGGUGCCAAGGCCGGCGAGCUAUCCGCCCAUGAGCGGAUGCCGCCGCUGGUUGCACCCGCCGUCAAGUCCUUAGAUUGGCUGAGCUCAUCUUGUAGUCCUCGCCUGCCGGCCCGGGGAGGUUCCUGGAGCAUGGAAAGCUUGCCGGAGACUACUUCGAUGUCCCUCCCCGCGGAUGUUCCCAUGGCCGGUCCUGCAACGUCUCUCGGUACUGCUGUGAGUGAAUUGAUCUGUGUUCCACAUAAUUGAAGGGAAAUUUCACUUAGUCGAACCUGAUUUUGAUUCCCAUCCAGUGCUAAUUUAUUUUGUCUGGCCACUCUCACCUUCAUGGACAGGCAUUAUCGAACAAGUAAUCAUGUUGUCAUAUAAUUCGGCACUAGUUAGAGAAAAUUAUGGGCUUCAUAAGCUGAAUCAUGUAUCCCGCUUUAUAAGAAAAUGUUCAACAUACGUUGACUGCCUGUUGCAUCGACCGCACCGAGCUCUGUUGGCAACGACUGGGCUCACAAAACUAUUUAUUCUGUAAACCUCAGUUUGAUUUCUCCGAUUCCUAUAAAAGAAUCAGAUUUAUUCUGUGAAAUCACAACGCGAUGAGGGAUUGUUUUCUCUGUGAAGAUGGCCUGCUCCGGUGCAAGCUUCGCCGGCAACAGCCCGACUUCUAGCUUUGCGGUGGCGGAGAAGGCCACGUCCUCCGGCAAGUGUGAAGGCAGCACGUCGGAGAGGGAGGCGCGGGUGAUGCGGUACAGGGAGAAGAGGAAGAGGCGGAGGUUCGAGAAGCAGAUACGCUACGCCUCGCGGAAGGCGUACGCCGACACGAGGCCGAGGAUCAGGGGCCGAUUCGCGAAGACGCCGGAAGAUAAGCAGCCGCCAUUGCCGCCACCACAGAACGUUACGGGGUGGUUCCUGUCGUGA